UGUCACUCCGUUACAUUUCCGUCAAGCUAAGCACAUUAUGUUCACGUUCAGUAUUGUGUUUUUAUUUAAUUGUGUAAGGUUGCUGGUUGAAUUGCCUUGAUGGACUGUGUGGAGCAGAGUAACGAAGCGCCUUCUGUUAUCGACCGAUAUUUCACCCGGUGGUACAGAGCAGAUAUGAAGGGCAAAUCGUGUGAGGACCAUUGCAUCUUACAACAUUCGAACAGGUUGUGCGUUGUGACCUUAGCAGAAACUCAUCCGAUACUUCAGGAUGGACGCGCAAUCAAAAGCAUCAAUUACCAGAUCAGUAACGGCUGCAGUCGCUUGAAUAAUAAAGUGUCUGGGAAGUCCAAGCGGGGGGCGCAGUUCCUUACAGAUUUUGCACCUUUGUGCAGAAUAAUGUGCUCAGAUGACAUGGAGUACACAAUCUACAGUUGCAUAAGGGGGCGUCUUCUGGAGGUCAAUGAGAACAUUUUAGAAACCCCAAAUCUCUUGCUAGAAAAGCCAUCUACUGAAGGAUAUAUUGCUGUCAUCCUUCCAAAGUUUGAAGAAAGCAAGAGCAUAACUGAAAACCUCCUGACAAGAGAAGAGUUUGAGGUUGUCGUUUCCAAACGCAGUUUGUCACAACCCCCCUGAUGGAUCAUUGAAGACUAACCUGAUCCGGGAGUUUCUUUGGUUUUCUUCUCUCACUCUCUCUCUCCAUGUUGGUUCAAAACAAAGACUGAGAAAGUUGACUGACUGAUUCUCCUGUAAGACACUUUUAUGCAACAUAAGCAAAGUGCCUUCAGUUUAUCAUGUUACAAAGACUCCAGGAUGUUUUCAGCUUAAAAGUGCUUUGAUUGUGACUAAUUUUUUUUAUGUUAUUUGAGUAGUAAGUAAGUGAAAACAACAAAGUCUUCUGUGAAAUGCUGCAAAUAAUUUUCAGGUGUUUUUGUUGUAUAUAAAAAUCAAACAAAUGUAUGAAAAAUAUUUUUUAUUUAUUUUCUCACCCUUUUAUCAACC